GUUAGCUUCUAAGUAGAAAACAUGCAGUGCUUUGAAUAAUUGUAAGUUGUUUUAAUUAUGUGGUUGAAAAUUGUUUUUAUACCACUAUUACUAGUGAUGGAAUGUGGUGUUUCUUCUUCCGUAACUAUUUAUAAUCCAUAUUUUCACUUCACUGGAGGAUCGGAUCCUUUUAUGGGCACAAUUGUUACUAUUGCUAUUCCUGUAGAAGCUGGUACUCCAGGUGAUGUUAUUUUGUCCGUUAUCCUUGAAGGUAAUUAUGUUUUACCUACUAAUGAAACUUCGUUUGAAUACCCCCCAGAAUAUCCUGCAAGUUCAGAAGAAAGAACAUUUAUAUAUGAUAUUAUCAAGAGGAAACUUGAGAAAUCGACUCGACUUUCUAGAUUUAAGGCUCUUUCUUUAGCUGACGUUGAAGAAGAAUGA